AUGGACGAGAGCCAUCAAGAUACGAAUCUGCAGCUGGAUGCCAUCACAGGCAAAUUAGCCACCCUGCUGGACCAACUCGCAGAGCGACGCGAGAAAUGCACCACAAGGGCGGAAAAGAAACACCUCGAUCGACUCCGAAGAGACGCCAAGAAGCAAGUAUCGGCAAUGAUCAAGCUUCAACAAUCAGUCGACCAUGCCAACGCCAUCAUUGCAAAGUCCUCGCAAGCCUUAGAGAAGCCUCAAGCAGACAAGAGACCACCACGCCAGAGCGAAGCUUCUGAGGUGAACAGCAUGCUCUUCCGAGCCGUCGCAGGGCCAUUUCAGAACCAACAUCGCCUUCGUCUUGUUCGACAACGUCGGAGUCCCGAGCUGAGCCAAUUCUUGAAGCCGUGGAAACCGUCAAAGUCUGCCACUACAGCAAGUAUGACCAAACGAAAGCCCGGCCCGACCACCACGCUGAAGCAAUCGGCGAGCACGAAUUCGGACGACAGCGGCAGGAUCGAUGUCCAGUCUGCACGUCCAGCGACCGAAGCACCUCCAGAGAUCGAAGCACGUCCAGAGUCCGACGCACGUCUAGAGAUUGAAGUACGUCCAGAAACCGAAGCACAUCCAGAGACCGAAGUAUGUCCAGCAGCCGGUAUCAGUCAAGAGGGCAACACCCCAAACCUAGCGCCAUCCCAAGAAGUAUCAACUUCAAAAUUAAAUUCAGAUUCAGAUGCGGACUCGGACUCGGACUCGGAUCAGGAUCCACAGUCGGGCUCCGCCCUGUCCUUGUGCUCGUCGUCGUCGUCGUCUCUAGACUUCCCUUCCCAAGAUCAAGACGGGAGCGCCGACCACUCGACACAGCCUCCUCCCUUACCUCGCAAAUCUUCGCGCCGAAUUUCGCGCAUCCCGCGGGUACCUUCGUCCAGCCAGAUGCCUCCACUGCCGCCACUACCGUUGGCGCCCUUGCCACUCAUGCCGAGGGCGGUGCCCAAGUCUUCGUCCUCGUCUCCAUCAUCCUCCUCCGCAGCGAGCACAACCGACAAACUCGCCGAGGAUUUGCUGUCCAGUCUGGAGAAGCGCUAUAGUCUGACCAUGACCAGGACGGUGUCGACCACAUCAUCGAUACCGUCGACUCUAUGA